AUGCAUGCAUCAGAUGAUGAUGAUGAUGAUGACGAUGAAUAUGGGUGUGUGAUAGAUACUCCUUCAUUGGAGUGGUUGGACAUUGUCGAUCAUAGGGAAGGGUAUUGCAUCAUUGAGAAUGACAUGCCUAAGAUUAUGACGGCAAGUUUUGACGUCAAUUAUUCGCAUUAUGGGGAGAUUAUGCGUUCUAUUACUUCAGUCAAGCGUCUCGAUUUAUCUAUCGUUAUAGAUAUGCACAUGUGA